AUGGCGCAUCCUUAUACAGACGAUAGCAGAGGCUUUAACGGUCCUCCAAACCGGUCUUACGCAGGUCGCGAUGACCGCGAUGAACGAGACGGUCGCAUGUAUGACGACUAUUCGCGCUCACGAUCGCCUGGCGAUCACUCUCGCAAUCGCCGACCCGAAUACCCCAAUGACCCAGACACAGCACGCCAAAGCAACCGAGAGAGAGACUGGCGCCGAUCUUCACGAUCACCUCCACGAAGAGGUAGACAGUCAUAUCGAGAUCGGGACCGCGAAGGUUACCAGUCACCAGAGUACAGUGGCAACCGUGGCUUGAGUCGCAGCCGUAGUCGACAAGGCCAGUCUCACUUUGGGCCGGAGAGCCGUGAGAUCAUGUUAGAGGGCUUCCCUGCCGACAUGACAGAAAAUGACAUUGAAACUGAGCUUCGCGAUGCAUACCAUGUUGCUCAACUUGACGAUAUUCGAGUCAUUCGAGAUCGACAAACGAAGGCGUCCAGGCAGCUAGGCUUUCUUCGAUUCCACAGCAUCCUUGACUCCAGGGAUUUCCUAGAGACUAACCACCCAUUCAUCCAUCUUUACGGUCCCACUGGUGAAAAGAGCACCAAAGUUCGCAUCGCAUACAGUCGCGAGAGAGAAGACCGAGUUCGCGCAAAAGCUGAAGGUGACUGGACUUGCAGAAUGUGUGCUGUUGUGAAUUUCUCUACACGCGCAAAAUGCUUCCGGUGUAACGCGCCGCGGCCAGAACUACCACUUGCUAGUGCUCCUGGGGUACCGCCAGCAAGACCCGUGAAUAAUGGCGAUAAUGACGCAGCCCCUGAUAAUCAGCCUUCACAGUUCUUGCUGUUUCGGGGACUGGAGCCAUCAGUCACUGAAGAGCUUCUUGCUAAAGGUGUUGCGAAAUUGUACCGACCAACUUCAGGAAAUGACGGCAGCUCAGGAAAUCAAAAGAAAGGAGCCAAGGUGGCUUCGACAACUGGUGAUGCUAAUUUAGGUGCUCGUGAGGGCUCUAUCCGACGUGUCUUACUCGUUCGUGACCGUAAAACAAAUGAUAGCUGGCGGUAUGGGUUCGCUGAAUUUGCCAAUGUGACAGACGCACAAGCUGCUAUCACUCGGUUGCAUUCUUUCAACAAAUUUACCAUCUCCUCUCGACCUGUAAUGGUCACCUACAUCCACGCAGGUGUUUUUGUACCGGUUCUGGCCCCAUCAGCCGCCACAAAAGGUUUCACCUUCAGUCCUCUGAACAAUCCGGCGUUGAAGCUCAUGUACUGGGAUGACAACGCUUACGUGACUGAACUCCAAGUCUCAAGUGAAGAGAUCGGAUCCAAAAGUGAAAAGCCUACUGGGAACCAAGAGGGAUCUAAGGCAAUCAAGGAGACGGAAAAAUCCAAGAAGCGAAAGGCGGAAGCCGCGGAUAUGGAAAAAGCGAAGAAAUUGGCAAUGCCCAGUCAACUCCAAUUCUGGAGCAAUCGCCAUGCUGAACUCCAUGGCAUUCCCAAGGACGAUGGGGCCCUACCUGAAAAUAGUUUGGAGCAUGGCGGUAUCCCUGUUUCUGAAGCCCCGCCCACUCAAUCAUACGCAGACCCAAAUCGGAACUGCUGCUAUCUUUGCAUGACCGAGUUCAAGUCGGCAGCCGACGUCAACCGGCACGAGCGGCUUAGUCAACUUCACCGGCAAAACCUCCAGGACGAAGAUCGCAAAACACGCGCCAUAGCAAAGCUAGUCAAACACGGAAUCCUGCAGCAAUCAUCUGCAGAAUAUCGGGAUCGUGCAAGAGAACGUCGCAAGACCUACGGACCAGGGAAGGCUGGCGCUCAACCGAAACCAGCCGCGCCAAAGAAAGAGGAAGAACCUCCGGUGCAGUCCACUUCAAAGGGUGCCUCUCUUCUCAGCAAGAUGGGGUGGUCGGAAGGCUCUGGUCUGGGUGCUCAAGGAACUGGCGUUACGGCCCCAAUUGCCACGGAGGUCUAUGCACAAGGUGUUGGGCUAGGAGCACAAGGCGGCAAACUAGGUGACGCAGCAGAGGAAGCAGGACGGAAUACUCGAGGUCGUUACGAUGAGUUCCUGGCAAAGACCAAGGAAACUGCUCGUCAACGAUAUGAUCAGAUGAACAAGUGA